AUGGAAGAGAAGAGGGACUGCUGCCAGCUGGAGGUGUCUCUGUGCAGCCAAGCCAUCUCUCAUGUAGAGCAGCGCUGGGCAAUGCCAAUGCAUCCUAAUGUAGUACCAGUCACUGAUGCCGCCUAUUUCACAGCAACUUCACAACAUAUCAUCAAACCCGUAGCUACCUGUUCAGUAGCUGCGCGAAACAAGUGUGAAACUUGGUUAAGGAGGCAACAAACUAACCCCAUCCCACCUAAAGACAUUGCAUCGAUCGAAAGUGGCUUGCCUCUAAUCGGCUUUCCUUCGACUCUUGGUCAUUUUGCCUUUGUGCACCUCGAACCACGAAUGCUGGUCACCGUGAAUUCCGAUGGCCCCUCGUUCAGCCUACAGAGUACAUGGAUUACCACAUGCCUCCAAGAGGCCCUCCAAGAAGCACGCAAAAUCGAAUUAUCCACGCAGGCGGGACUGAUUGCAGCGUACCUUGACGUUGGAGGAAGCCAUACUUGCCAUCGUAAUGCCCAAUCAGAGUUAAUUUUCUUGCGUGCCAAGAUGCGCCGCGCGCAAGCUGAGGCAGCUGUUUAUACUCUGGCCCUUGAAAAUUCCCCUGUGUCAACCUACUCGGACAGCGAUUCAUCACCACGCCCAAUUCUUCCUCAGCAUUUACCAGAGGAAGUCCGUCGUUACAUGGAGUGCAUGGAUGCCGAAUCAAUCGACUCUCGCGCUGACUCUGACUUAUGGUAA